AUGGCUGGUGGAGUGGAGGAGGAAAUUACCAGCAGUUGUGUACUUAUAGUGUCUCUCGUGGAACAGCUUGCUCAGGUUCAUAACAGCACAGCAAAAAGUGCUAUGGAGUUACUUGAAAAUGACGGUUUAAGAGGAGUCUGCACACUAAUUACUGACCUUUUUGGACCUGAUAUAAUUAGGCUGUUAAAUUACAGACUGAAUGCUGAUGUAAUUUGCCAUACUAUGAAAUUAUGUAAUAUUGACUCACACCAACCACUUUGUCACCUGUACAAGGAACCAGAGAUGGGAUUAAAGGAAUCAAUCAAGCAAACUGAAAGGCUGUUAAAGAACUCUGACUAUGCAGUAUGGAAAAACGCUGAAAUUGUUUCCAGCAUUCUGUUCAAGAUUUGCUCGCUUCCAGUGUUCAAAAAUAUCUGUGAUGCAAUAGACUUGUCAGAGCCAGCAGAAGAUUAUGAUCAAGAUAGCUUCAGCAUAUUUCCAUCUUUACGUGGAUAUCACUGGAGAGGAAGAGAUUGCAAUGACUUAGACAAGUCUAUUUAUCCUGGCAGAAGACCCGAAGACUGGGAUGCUCUACGUGAUUCAAACUGCAACGGCAUUUGGGGUUUUGAUCCAGAAGAUGGAGUCCCAUAUGAGAAAAAAUUCUGUGACGGUUCCGAUGCAAAGGGUAUUGUAGUGUUAGGAGACUCAGCAGCAGCCCACUUCCACAUCCCCCCUGACUGGGUUACACCUAGCCAGUUUUCUAAGGAUACCUUCUCGAAUAUGGCACUUACUAUCUCCAAUGAAUUUGACUGGCCCCAGUUCUCCUUGUUCACUGGAUUUCAGAACUCCACGAUUGGAGGAUGGACACAAUCAAUAUAUUUGAAGUUAAGAAACUGGAACCGUUGCAACCACAGGGACUACCAGAACAUAUCCAAAAACGGUGGUUCAGCAGACAAUUUAAAGCGUUAUUUAAGAAGUUUGGCACGAAGUCAAGAAAUUGACAAACCUGUGGCUGUUUUUUAUGGAUUAAUUGGCAAUGACGUCUGCAAUACUCAUGCAGAUACACUUAAGCAUAUGACUACACCUGCCAAGAUGAAGGCCGAUGUCAUGGAGGAUCUUCUAUACUUAGAUACCCUUUUACCAAAUGGAAGUCAUGUGAUUUUAAUGUCACUAGCUGAUGGCCGGUUCCUCUGGGAUACCUUACAUGACAGAUAUCAUCCCAUUGGACAGUUAAACAAAGAUGUCACAUAUGCACAGUUCUACGAUUUUCUGAGCUGCCUUUCGAUUAACCCUUGUGUAGGUUGGAUGAACAAAAAUGAAACAAUCCGCAAUCUAACCACUGAGAGAGCUGAACAGCUUUCCGAAGUCCUUCAAGACAUAACAGCUUCAGAAAAGUUCACUCAUUUUGAGGUUAAUUACUAUGAAGAUUUAUAUCAGAAAGUGACUGCAAAAUGGGAAAGUUUGGGAAGGAAGCCAUGGCAGCUGCUGGAACCAGUGGAUGGAUUUCAUCCUAGUCAGAUUGCCUCUGCAGUUGGAGCAGAUCUAUUCUGGGAAGAAGCAAUGCAAAAAUGGCCUGGACUUUUUGGAAAGGAGAAUCCAUUCAAUAAAGAAAUAAUAGCAAGAUUUGGAGACCAAGGUGGAUACUGACAAAGAUUUGGCAUAUCUUGGAGACUAUGCAAUCAUUUACAUUUAUAAA